AUGGCCGGGAAGGGGAUGAAGGCCCUGGGCGAGGCGAUGAGGAGCCUCAGUCUGGCAGCACAACCAUGCAGGACCGUUCCGAUCCGGCAAGCUCCCCUAGCGUGUCGGAGGACAAUGGCUACCGCAGUCGAACCAAAGCUGGCGAAUAUUACAAGAUCCGUGACCGAUACAUGGAGUCCGAUAACAACCGUCCCCCUCACGAUCUACUCCUUCCCAGACCUCGAGCCACGCUCGCUGGAAUCCUGGUCCUCAAAGCACCUUCACCUCCCACUCCGCCGCGAUAUCCUCCACCUAGCAGUUGUCUACGAAGGCGAUAAAACACGACAAGGCACGGCGUCAUCGUUAACUCGCUGGGAAGUCCACGGCUCGCAUCGCAAGUUAUGGCGGCAAAAAGGCACCGGUCGUGCCCGUGUUGGCAGCAAACAAUCACCGUUGCGCAAGGGUGGUGGCAAAUCGUUCGGCCCCAAGCCGCGCGACUUCAGCACAAAGCUCAACCGCAAGGUGUACGACCUCGCAUGGCGCACAGCGCUCUCAUACCGGUACCGCCGUGGCGAGCUGAUUGUGACUGAGGACGGGUUGGAGCUACCGCUGCCUGAAGACUUUCUUCAGCUAGCCGAAGCUCAGGUCAUGGACCGCGAGCUUGAGGACAGCUUCGUCCGCAAGUAUGUCCACGAGCUCAUGACCUCGAUGCAGUGGGACCGAACUUUCGGCCGGACGACGUUUAUCACUGGCGACAGGCGGCCAAAUCUUUUUACGGGCAUGGAAGUCGCGGGUGAAAACGGCCGCGCACUCGAGCUGGAGGAUGUCGAUGUCAAGGAUCUGUUGGAGACAGGGCGUAUCGUUAUCGAGCGGUCGGCGCUUAGGGAGAUGAUCAAGGAGCACUCAAGCGACCUUACCUCGCGCAUCGUCAUCAAUGGGCUAAAGGCUUCCAAGCCACCCGUGGGAGAAGUUCUUUACCCAUAA